AUGGCUACUACGCCGGUUGAACAUGCGACGACCACACAAACCUUUCCUACCCGACAAAAACCCAUUCCGUACUCCUUCACCGACGGGCGGCGCACCCAACUAUCUUCGAUACUCCCACCUCUCAUCUUCGGUACGGCGACGUUCAACGGCCAGUACAACACCGACCCGUUUGCGCUCGAUACAACAGGCCUAGUCACAUCGGCUCUCACACAUGGCAUCCGCGCCUUCGACACAUCACCCUACUACGGUCCUUCAGAGACACUACUUGGCAAUGCGCUUGCGACGCCCUUCGUCCGCGAGACCUUCCCGAGGAAUUCAUACAUGAUAUUAACCAAGGUCGGACGUAUAGCGGCCGACGAGUUUGACUACAGCAAGGAGUGGGUGCGACACAGCAUCGCGAACAGUCUGCAGAGGCUGCACGCCGAGUAUCUGGAUCUGGUGUACUGUCACGACGUCGAAUUCGUCAGCCCCGCCGAGGUCUUGGAAGCCGUCAAGGAACUCCGCAGGAUUCGGGACGAAGACGGUACAAUCCGCUAUAUCGGCCUCUCAGGCUAUCCCGUCGAUGUCCUCGCUGACAUGGCUGAGAUGAUUCUCCGCGAGACUGGCGAACCCGUGGACGCGGUCCAAUCGUACGCCAAUUUUACGUUACAGAACCAGGCCCUUGCAGGCCCUGGCGGCAUCCAGCGCUUGCGAAAGGCAGGCGUCGACGUUGUCCCCAAUGCUUCCAUCUUGGGCAUGGGUCUUUUGCGACGAGACGGCGUUCCCAUUGGUGCACUCGGUGACUGGCACCCCGCCUCUUCCACUGCGCGAGCUGCCGUACGCAAAGCCAGCUAUUUCUGCGACGCGCACAGCGAACGCCUCGAAGUCAUUGCGAUUCGCUUCGCGCUCGAGACAUGGAUAACAGUUGGUGCUCUAUGCGGCUCCCGAGGCGACCCCGCAUCCGGCGUGCCAUGGAAACACGAGUCCAACGACGACGUGGGCGGGACCAAACUCGGUGUCAGCGUCAUCGGCGUCUCAUGCGCUUCCGAGCUCGAAAAGACGAUGCUGGUCUGGCGCUCGAUUCUCGACGGGCUGGAGGGAGGCGAGCAGACGGCAGUGCAGGCUGGGCGGUGGUACAGGGCGUGGGAGUGGUCUCGGAACCGGAGGAAGGCUGUGCAGAUUCUCGCCGAGGGGGUGCAGGAGGUGCUGGGUGAUAGCUUUGGCUAUACAUGGCCUAGUCCCGACCCUGGGUGGGUGAACAAAAGGUCGAAAAAGGGGCUGGGGACGGACAAGGAGGGGAAGGAGGCUAGGGCGCCAUUGUUGACUCCAGUGGCAAGUCCGGCUACGGCGCCUACGGUGGAUGUGCCGGAUGUUGGGGACGAGCGUAGUUUACCUAUGCGAUAG